CAGUGGCAAUGGCAGUAAGACGUGUUGGGGCACGUCCACAUAAUCUAAAUAAUGAACAUCCUCCAUUGAUACCUGUCAAUAUUUGUUCAGCCCAUCAACAAAGAAUUGUCGUUUCGGCAAUAUUCUGUGCGAUACUAGCGUUUAAAGGAUAUUAUUAUAUUUAUUCUAAUGAGGCA